UUGCCACAAGGCGACGCACUCGACUUUAUUCAAGACCCAGGACUGAGUAAGCACAUAUAGUGCGCUUUUCAACGAAACAGGGGGGAUACCACAGUGACCUCAUCCCCUAGUGCAAGAAACCUUGGGAGUGGUGAUGGACAACAGGCUAUCCUUCUCUGAGAACAUCGCUACGGUGACCCGGGCGUGCAGGUCCUUCUGUACAACAUCCGGAGAAUCCGACCCUUUCUCACCACCUACUCCACUCAGCUCCUUGUUCAAGCAAUGGUCCUGUCCCGCCUGGACUAUUGCAAUUCUCUGCUGGCUGGCCUUCCAGCAUCUGCCAUCAGACCCCUACAAUUGAUCCAGAAUGCUGCAGCCCGUCUGGUAUCCAAUGUUCCCAGACAUUCACAUGUCACCCCCCUGCUCCACAACCUCCACUGGCUGCCUGUUAUGGCUCGCAUCAAAUUUAAAACUUUGGUGCUCGCAUACCAGGCAGUUAAACGAUCAGCGCCUGUAUAUAUUCAAUCCCUUAUCAAGACUCAUACACCAACAAGACCCCUCCGUUCUGCCACUUCGUGCCAUCUGGCGCCUCCUCCUCGCCACACUUGCACCUCACGCUCACGACUGCUGUCUGUCCUGGUCCCACGGUGGUGGAAUGACCUCCCGGUGGAUGUCAGAACGGCAGAGUCUCUGACCUCCUUCAAGCGCAGACUGAAGACCCAUCUCUUCAGGCUACACCUUUCCCUCCCCAACUCACCACCAUGAUUAGCCUUAGACUGUAAUGGCACUUAUGUAUAGAUUGUAUAGAUAUUGUUACUUGUAUAGGUAUUGUUAUUUUUUGUAUUCUAGCUGCAAUUGUGGCAUGCUAGUUUGAAAGUUGAUUGUACUCUUAAAGGGUUCUGAUUUUCUGCAUGUUUACGCUAGGACUAUACUGUCCUUUCAGGUCCUCUUUGCACUUGUUCUUGUGUUUAAUUUGCACUUUGUUGUACGUCGCUCUGGAUAAGAGCGUCUGCUAAAUGCCAUGUAAUGUAAUGUAAUGUAAUGUAACACAAAUAACCACAUUACAACAGUGUUAUGCAGCAACUCUGAACAGAAAACGCGUCAUAACUCUAAGUUGAUAAGCUACAGCAGUAGAAGUCUAUAAAAUAAGUAAUAAAUACCUAAUAAAUUGCUCACUGAGUGUAUUAGAGAUACACAGGUACAGGCACACUUUCGCUUCCCUUUUUAGUUCUCAGGUUUCAUCUGUUUCUUUGUCACACAUGGGUGCAGACUCACACACACACUCACCGCACACACACACACACACACACCCACACACAGAUCUGUGUCCUUUGUGCCAGUUGUCUCGGUGUGAUUUGCUUCCUCAUAAGUACAGCCACUGCUGGCACGCUGGUUCUUCGCUCAGUCAGGAGAGCAGCCUGAGGCAGUCGCUCUGCACUAGAUGACCCUGUCUGUAUCAGCAACUUGCCGCGGAGAGCAGAACACGCAGAAAGAGAGCCUGGAUCAUAAACACAUUCACCAUUGAGGAAGAACACCAGGGCACUUAUCCUUAUCUGCUUGGCACAGUAUGUGUGCAACAUGAUUGCUUUAAAUUGUGUUCAUGGUUUGUAUGUCUACAUUACAGGAAUAUUCAGUACUUCAGAGUGUUAGAGAGAAACAAACAUGAGAUGUAAAAUGUAAUGGAUAACAUUACAUUAGUCUGCAAAGAGAAAUAUACAUUAUUACAAAUGGUACGUUUGAGAAUAAAUACAGUGCUUGUGCACUAUGAUUCAUUUAGAUUUCUGAUGACACUGAACACGGGGAUGUCUUAAGACUCACAGGGCCAGGAGUGACAGAGGAGCCCAUAGGCCUUUUUACAUUGAACAGCCGCACUGGAGACAUUUAUGUCAACAAGAGGCUGGACUAUGAACGUUUAACAAUUCUAAAGAAUGACACAAUGUCGCUCAUAUUAGAAGUGAUAACACAAUCUGGUGUGGUGAAUCAAAGAUUGGCUGUUGCAAUACAAGUGGAAGACAUAAAUGACAACCCUCCACAGUUCUCCAGGGGUGUGUAUAAAACCUCAGUGGAAGGAUCAACAGCUCAAGAGACAGCACUGGUUAUGGUAGAGGCCACCGAUAAAGACAAACCAGAAACAUCCAAUUCAAUGUUGGAUUUCAGGAUCAUUUCUGUCACUCCCAGCACGGAUAAUGUGGAGUUCUUCAUUCAGCAAAGGGGGGAUAACGCGGUCAUAUCCUUCAAAGGCUGUCUAUACUAUGAGAAAGUUACUGAAUACACCAUUCUGGUUGAAGCAAAGGAUCGCGGGGAACCGGUUCAACUCUCAAGUUCAAGCACUGUCAUCAUUCACAUUAAGGACAAAAACAACUACAUGCCUGUCCUUACAGGCUGCACGGGGGCAGGUCGAGUGGAAGAGAGGGAGUCCGGGAUGACUCUUUUCAGAAUACAUGUCACAGAUAAAGACACAGAGGGCACUGCAGCAUGGAGAGUGAAAUACACAAUAAAGGGAGACAAGCAAGCAAACUUUCAGAUUGAAACUGACCCCAAAAACAAUGACGGAGUCCUGACAGUUAUAAAGCCUCUGGAUUAUGAAGAGGGUUCAGAGAGACGACUGUCCAUCAGCGUAGAGAACGAGAGGCCGUAUGUCUUCUGCCAGGUGACGAGGAAGACUUCCACAGGCCCCUGGGAGGUGAUCGAAUCUGUGGCCAGUCCUCUCUCUGAGAACUUCACCAUCGUGGUGGAGGAUGCCAAUGACCCCCCAGCAUUCACAGAAAGGGUGAAGGAGGUCCGGGUGGAGGAGAACAAGGAGAUCGGAUACCCUCUGGGAAGGUUAUUUGCAGAGGACCGUGACAGAUUCUUCUCAAGUGACUUUGUGUACAUGAAAGCUGCUGACCCUGGGGGCUGGGUGAAUGUGGACCCCAAAACCUGCCAAAUUACAACGGCUGGGACAUUAGACAGAGAAUCACACCACGUGGUGAACAACACAUACACUGUAACUGUACAUGCAGUCGAUAAAGGCAAGCCCCCUCUGACUGGCACAGGAACUCUCAUCAUCCACAUAAUGGACCAGAAUGAUGAAUUGCCCCAGCUGCGUGAGACAGCUCUCUCUGUGUGUCUGUCGGUGCCUCCGUCCGUGGUCACCCUCAGCGCCUUUGACCUGGACGAGCAUCCGUUUAGCGGCCCCUUUCAGUUUGAGCUGCAGGGGGAGGGGAGGGGGAAAUGGACUGUCUCCCCCACUCACGGGACCGCAGUGAACCUGAGUCUGAUGAGCCGGGUUCAUACAGGGCUUCACCAGCUGCAGCUGAAGGUCUAUGACCUCCAGGGACGCUUCUCUCUGCAGAAACUCUCAGUCGCCACGUGCAACUGUUCUGUGACACCCAACUGUCUGAUCCGUGCAUCUACCGGCACCAGAGCCAGUGGCAAUGCCAUGGCCAUCAUGUUCUUCUCCACAUUUCUGCUACUAGGUUUGCUGCUGAUGUCAGUCUCUGUCACUUGUAAGACACGCACCUUUCUAAUGAUGGAAGAUCCUAAAGAGAGCUGGCUUUCAUUCAAUGUAGAAGCACUUGGAACCGACUGUCAGGUUCCCUCUCUACCCCUCCUUAUUCAGACUGAUAACCUUUCAAAGGAGAAGGGACUAGGACAGGCAAUUCAGAUGAAAGAAAAUCCAGAUUUCAGCUUCCCAAUAAAGAAUUGUAUUUCUACGAAUGGACAUUUCUGCCAGGAAGAUGAAGCCCUGUGGUCUUCGCUUGGAAAGGUACCGUGGUGCUCCCUGACACGCAGUCUGGAGCAGAGUGAUUACCGCCCCAAGGUCUACGCUUAUGAAGGAAAGCUAGGCACAGACGCUGAGCUGGACAGCAUCUGCCAUGAUGAGGAUGAGGCCGACUUUUCACCACAUGACCUCCUGCAACUGGAUCGAAAAUUCACUAGACUGGCUAAUAUACUCAUCCCCCAACCAGCACCCCACAAAGGCAGUUGGUUGGCCUAGAAAACCUACCCAGACUACAUUAUUAGUUGUUCAGGAAUGAAACAGGCCAGAGCUACCAGAACUAAUCCAUAAUUUUGUUAAUCAAUUGGCAUGACCCACUUUUUUCCCCCCGGACAUUACCAGAACUUUGGUUUGGAUACAGUCCCCAGCACACCCAUUUGUCCCAUUAUCUGGAUUUCCUUCCAAUUUUAACUUUAAUCCAAUGGACCUUUGCAGGAAAGGUCUUCAAUCAAUUGUGAUUUUCAGCUAAAAAAGAAUUAGAAAUGUCGUUCAUGCAAAGCUUGAGGAAACUUAGUAAUGCUAAACAAAUAUGCCCUUCCAGUACUUCCAUUUGGAGCUUGACAUAUUUUCUGUCAUGUUUUUUUCAUGUCAAAAUGACAACCAUCAAGUGUUGGAUCAUGCAGGGAGUAUUCUGAUAUCUCAACUCAUCCUGCCACCAGGCGAAAGGCCAUCCCAUCACUAUGUGACUUGCAUAAUACCUGCGUAAAAUAUCUGAAUUACAGUAAACCAAUGUCUAUUAAUAUCAGUAGACAAGCCAGGGCAGAACAUCCUGUUGUUUUUAGUUGCAUCUACCAGCAUCUACCAGCCAUGCCUUCAGUUGUGGCCUGUCUUACUAUGGGGCCAUAUUUUCUGGAAUCAAAUUUGAAUCCGCAUUGGCACAGUCACUGUCAAGGUGCGUGGCACACUGGGUGUGGCUCUUAAAUGUUGCCAUUUUCAUACAGUGAAGAGAGGGCGGCACAGAUCAAUGUGUGUGGUGCAGGUGAUGAAUUGGAAAGACUGUGCUAUGCAGGCACCGGCUGGAAAAUAGGGCCCAUGGUAUUUAUCUGCAAAACAGGUUUUUUAGUUUUUUUUCUUGGGGGUGAGAUAUUCUAUGGAUUAGGGUCACACACAUCCCACAUGCACACUUUUUUAUUUUAUUUUUUCUGGGGCCUGUGCUGCAAUAUUGUGCGGUUGAGGCAUUCCCACCAAAAGGAAUAGAAGUUUGAAAUCUACAUUGUUGAUGGAUAUUCUGUAUGCACUGCAAACUGGCUUGUUUUGAGCGCAUUUUUCUGUGUUUUUGGGUUUUAAAUAUGAUUGCAGCUCAUUCAUUUCAUAUGACUUAUUGGAAUCACCUGACUGAUUUAUAUUCUAGUUGUAUGGCAGCUUGUGAUCCUUUUGUCUUAUGGUGGCUCGAUAUUUAACUGGUGACAUGAUGCCUAUGGUUACAAAUUGUUGGUGCAUUGUGUACAUCACCUUUCUCAAAUGGAUAGCAGUGAAAGAUGCAGUGCUAUUCCUUCAUCAACUGCUAUUUCACAACCCCCUCACACUCUUACACACACAUUCUUCUUUUACACGCAGUUGCCCCAACUCUAAAUCUGUGGUGUCACAAUUUUCCUUAAAGGCAGAAAGGUUCAUUACAGUUUUUCAGGUUUUACAGGAGUCUGCACUAAAUCAGGAAGGGACAUCAGUAGUUUGUUAAGCACAAUCAAAACAAUGGAGAUUUUUUAUUGACAAAUGGCUCAACAGAACCUGUAUAGAACAAUGACAAACAACGUAUUUGAUUAAAUAUGCAGUACAUUCAAAUGUGUUUGUCAUUCAGGUCUAGGCAUGGCACAUUGCACAGGAAGCACUCCAAACAGUCACUUAACACGCAACCAACAGCUAUAGCUAAUUGCAAGUAUGACUAAAGCUUUGUAAGAUUUCCAAGCUGCAUAGCAUAUGCACCAAAGAGUAUUAUUGUUCUCCUCAAUCGAGCACUUCCUUCUUUUCUGCCAUCAGAUGCUAGCCAGCUCCUCUAGUACACUCUCAGAAAUAAAGGUAUGAAAAGGUUCUGAAAAGGUACUGCAGGGGCGGUGGCCUAUAGCCAGCCAUUUAUAUUUGAUUUGUGCAUUUUUUGCUUGGAAAGCAAACUCAUUUGUACCCAAAGAAAAUAUUAUUGUACUUUCUGGGUAGAUUUGGGUAGAUUUGAUCCGAUUUUUCAUGCCCUGGAAAUUGUAUCCCGGAUAAGCCCACAAUGACCUUCUGCAAUUGCAAGGAGAAAUAUAAUAGAUAUAAAAUGGAUGUAUUUACACAUAAUCUGUGGGCAAAUGGCAAAGAAAAUAUAUUUUUUGAGGUUAGGGUUGAGCUGCAACAUUAACAAUUAGCAUUAACCGUAACAAUAUUAAUUAGCAUAGAGACACAAAACGUUUUCUAUGCAGGUAUUCGAGUGCCUCAGUUUUGGUUGGGGAAUUAGAACAUACUGUUAACUUCAACCGCUAGGGGCAGAUGUUCAGUUUUCAGAACACAAAGGCUGAUUUCAGUGGUCAGAACAUUUGGUCACCGCUCGUCGAAUUAGUGUGAGAGCAGGCUGAAAAGACACCACCUCUGUCACUUUAUUUCUGAGAGUGUUUAAAGCUGAGGUUUUGCCAGCAGGUAAUAAAGAAAGCUGUUGAAGCCCUGCAGGUACAGCAUUUUGGGACACAUGAAACCUGCCCCACACGUGUGGGCACCGCCAAACGGAGAGUUUGAUGACAGCUGAGAGUGCCUUCCUGCCCUGACAAGCUCUGGCAGGUGAUGUAAAAUGGCCUAUGCUCCUGCUUUAUCCUUGGGAAAUGAAAUAAGGCUCUACUGCUGGUCUUAACUGUAUGCAAAUUAUGUCGCUUUGAGUUUCAGCUUGCCCCAUUCAGUUCUCUUCGCUGUGAGAACCUGCUUGCUUCCACAGAGGAAUGCAGUGAAGGACAUCCAAAGCAGAAAGAUCUUUUUGAGGAGAUUUAGCAAAUUGGGAUAAUGAUUAUGGAAUUUUAAGUCGAACAAAUUAGUCUUUUAUAUUAAAACAUUUGAUAUUGCAGAAGUUAGAAGAAGAUAUUGCAGUGUUCUGUAGCUUUGCUUCCUGAUAUCAGUUUCAGAAAACAGACAACAAUUUGCCUGUUAAAAGUAAAAAAAUAACAGGUGCCAGUACAUACAAGGCAUUGAUUUAUUAUUUAUACAAGACUUUAUUAUUAUUAUUAUUAUUAUUAUUAUUAUUAUUAUUAUUAGUAGUAGUAGUAGUAGUACAUUUUAUAUUUUAGUCAUUUGUGUAUAGUGCUGUUCUAAACAAAAAAUACAGUAAUUGUAAGUGCAAUUUUUUUGUUUUUGGGUUAGACAAGAGGGAUAUCGGAAAGGGGGGGGGGGGGGUUAGGAGGGAGGACUAAGGUACAGUUUGAAAAGGUGUGUUUUUAGUCUGCGUCAAAAUAGGGGGAGGGAUUCUGCUGUCCUGACAGUGGUAAGCAAGUCAUUCCACCACUGAGGAACGAGAACAGGCGUGAACGUGCAGCUCGACUGCCAGUUAGUCGUAGUGAGGGAACCAUAAGGCGACCAGAGCUGACAGACUGGAGUGGUCUAGCUGGGGAGUACGGAGUGAUUAAGGAUUUAGUAGUAGUGGUAGUUGUAUUGUUGUUGUUGUUGUUGCUGUUUAGUGUGCCAACACAUUACUGAAAAGAAAAUGUAUUUGGGUAUUUCACCACACAAAAGCAUAAGGACAAAAUGAAGAAUCUGUUCAGCUAAAGCUUUCUGGCAAUCUAGGAACUUUAGUAUUACAGUCAGUUCAUGAUAGAGAAUAACAUUUUUGCCUAAAAAAAUUAUGAACUUUCCAGUCAUGAAUAAUAAUUCAUUCAUGAUUAAAUUAAUUACUGAAUCAUAAAUUCAUGAUUCAGUAAUUCCACCAAUAUAUUUAAGGCUCAUAUUUUGCAUAGUUUUUGUAUAAAAUAUAUGAAGGUGUGAAAGGCUACAUUUUUCUUGAAGAAAAUAAGUACUAUGCAACAA